ACAUGUAUAUAACUACUGUACCAGCGUGCACCAGUCGAGCCAGGGCCGGGGGUCCGUCCCUCCAGCCAAGCCCUCCAAAAAGUCCACCACCCCAGGGGGGGCUCAGUUUGUGGGCCUGGAGCUCUACAAGCGACUCAAAGAGUUCCUGAAGAACUACCUGACCAGCCUGCUCAAGGAUGGCGAGGAUCUGAUGGACGAGUGUGUGUUGAAGUUUUACACCCAGCAGUGGGAGGAUUACCGCUUCUCCAGUAAAGUCCUCAACGGGAUCUGCGCCUACCUCAACCGCCACUGGGUCAGACGAGAGUGUGACGAGGGACGCAAAGGAAUCUACGAGAUCUACUCGCUGGCACUUGUGACCUGGAGGGAGUGUUUAUUCCGACCCCUCAACAAACAGGUAACAAACGCUGUGCUGAAGCUGAUAGAGCGAGAGAGGAAUGGGGAGACCAUUAACACCAGACUGAUCAGCGGUGUGGUCCAGUCCUAUGUUGAGCUGGGUCUGAACGAAGAGGACGCCUUCGCCAAAGGCCCCACGCUGUCCGUGUACAAGGAGUACUUUGAAUGUCAGUUCCUCACUGACACAGAGCGGUUCUACACUCGCGAGAGCACGGAGUUCCUGCAGCAGAACCCCGUCACCGAGUACAUGAAGAAGGCGGAGGCUCGUCUGCUGGAGGAGCAGCGGCGUGUGCAGGUGUACCUCCACGAAUCCACUCAGGACGAGCUGGCCAGGAAGUGUGAGCAGGUGCUCAUAGAGAAACACCUGGAGAUCUUCCACACCGAGUUCCAGAACCUCCUGGAUGCCGACAAGAAUGAAGACCUGGGCCGGAUGUACAACCUGGUGUCGCGGAUCACAGACGGUCUCGGGGAACUGAAGAAACUUCUAGAGACUCACAUCCACAACCAGGGCCUGGCCGCCAUCGAGAAGUGCGGAGAGGCCGCGCUCAACGACCCCAAAGUGUACGUCCAGACCACCCUGGACGUCCAUAAGAAGUACAACGCCUUGGUCAUGUCCGCCUUCAACAACGACGCCGGCUUCGUGGCGGCGCUCGAUAAGGCAUGUGGUCGCUUCAUCAACAACAACGCCGUCACCAGGAUGGCUCAGUCGUCCAGCAAAUCCCCCGAGCUGCUGGCCAGAUACUGUGAUUCCUUACUGAAGAAGAGCUCUAAAAACCCGGAGGAGGCCGAAUUGGAGGACACACUCAACCAAGUGAUGGUUGUGUUCAAAUACAUCGAGGACAAAGAUGUUUUCCAGAAGUUUUACGCUAAGAUGCUGGCCAAACGUCUGGUCCACCAGAACAGCGCCAGCGACGACGCCGAGGCCAGCAUGAUCUCCAAACUCAAGCAAGCGUGCGGCUUUGAGUACACGUCCAAACUGCAGCGCAUGUUCCAGGACAUCGGAGUCAGUAAAGACCUGAACGAGCAGUUCAAGAAACACCUGACCAACUCGGAGCCUCUGGACUUGGACUUCAGUAUCCAGGUUCUCAGCUCUGGGUCUUGGCCUUUCCAGCAGUCCUGCACCUUCGCUCUGCCUUCUGAGGUAAGACCAGUUAACACUUAAAACAACUCCUAUUUCAACCC